AUGCAAGUAAAUGCAAUUAUGCUAAGGAGUGGAAUAGUCUUAGAAGAGGUUGAACAAAAAGGGAAGGAUGAGAACCCACCAGAGAAGAAGGAAGAAUCUGAGGAAGAAGUCGAUGAAGAGAUCAUUGUUGAGGAGAGGCCAACAAGUCCCAGAAAAGAAGAACCAAAUAAGGAAAAGAUGUCGAAGCAAAAGAAGGAAAAAAUGUCAUUUCCUAAAAUAUCAUCAAAGUUGAUGUCGAGCUAUGCUAAGUUCCUCAAGGAAAUUCUGUCAAACAAAAGAAUGUUGGAAGAGGAUGAAACUGUGAUGCUUACAAAUGAAUGCAGUGCCAUUUUGCAGAACAACGUUAACCUAAUGCCUCUUUCUGUUUUCAAGAAAUUGGGAAUCGGGGAAGUCAAACUGACCAUGGUUUCUCUUCAACUUGCUGAUCAAUCAAUUAAGUAUCCACUAGGCAUUGUUGAAGAUAUGUUUGUUAGGGUGGAUAAAUUCAUAAUUCCUGCAGACUUUGUUAUGUUGGAUAUGGAAGAAGACAAGGAGAUACCUCUCAUCUUAGGAUGA